GCCGUUGCAGUUGCCGUUCCGCCGAGCGCGGGCGAUGGCGAUGGCGGCGGGGCGGGCGCUGUUGGUGCUGGUGCUGCUGCUGGGCGGCGUGGCGGGGCCCGGGGCGCGGGCGGCGAGGGGCCGCGGGGCCGACAAGCAGAACAGCUUCCGACGAGCCGCCAGCGGCCUCUACCAAGGCGUCAGUGGUGUCUUCGGUGAGGAAAACGUGAGGGCCUUGCAGAAGUUUUUCUCAAGGUUGACAGAGAGGUUUGUGAAUGGGGUGGAUGUAUUAAUGGACACAUUCUGGAGAAUAUGGACUGAUUUGUUAGAUGUUCUUGGAAUUGAUGCCUCCAAUUUGACUCAUUAUUUCAGCCCAGCGGCAAUUGCCAACAACCCGACCCGUGCUCUUCUCCUGAUUGGUGCCAUUUUACUUGCCUAUUGGUUUUUAUCUCUCUUCCUUGGAUUCUUCUUCUAUCUUCUGCACAUGCUGUUUGGUCGCUUUUUCUGGAUCGCAAGGGUUGCCCUUUUCACUCUCUCAUGCAUCUACAUCCUCCAGAAGUACGAAGGUGACCCAGAACACGCAGUCCUGCCUCUCUGCUUUGUUGUAGCAGUCUACUUCAUGACGGGGCCAGUUGGAUUUUACUGGAGAAGAAACACCAACAGCAGCCUUGAGGAGAAGAUGGACCACCUGGAUAGUCAGAUCAGACUUCUGAACAUACGUCUCUCUAGGGUGAUUGAAAACCUGGACAGAGCCAGCGACCAAUGAACCAGCCCCCACAGACCACUGUACACCAGCUCUAGAAAAUUCCUAAGCACUGUUUCACUCGAAGUUACAAAGCAACAAAACAUCACAUGGUAAAAAGUGUGCAAAGUUAUAACUUUUCAUCAUGUGCGAGACUAACUUACCUAGAUUAUACACUCAGCCAUUAUACUUGUAGGAAACAAAAACCAUCUAAACAAUUCAGCUGUAUAUUCCAAGUUUUAAGCAGUACUAGAAUUUUCUCAGUAGAUAAAAGCUUACUUUUACAAGCAUUUAAAAACAUCUUUUGUAAAGUUUUUAUAAAAGCAAAUCAAGUAGUCUUUCAAAUACUGAAAUUGAGCUCAACAUAUGCAAAUUUGACACUUAAAAAGUUAAAAAGAAAAAAAAAAACUCAAGCUCUCAAACAACUUCCAUUGAGAAGUAAAUGCUGUGGGUCCACAUUUUUUUUUUUUCCAAGUUGCGGUUGUUUUUGGUUUAUUGUUGGCUCAUUUCAUUGCCUUGAAGUUGCCUUUCAUAGAGUAUCAGAUGAGGAAUUUUCUGGUAUCCAGGCCAAAAAAUUCACACCACAGCUUUUAAUAGGAGGUGGGGAAUGAGGGAGAAGGAAGGUUUCAUAAAUUUGAAGUCCUUAAAUGCCAGUCCAGUCUGAGGAGCCGAGAUGUGCACGUGUGGCAUUAUUCCGUUGCAUGUCAUCCCAAGAGUUUUAAUAUGAUAUAUGAAAGGAAAUCUGCUUUCAUAAAUCGACAGAAAAGGAAGAGAUGUAGCAUGGCAAACUGUAAUUCAUAUUUGAUCUUCACAGUGAAGCAUCUUCCAAGCAUAAGAGCAUAGAAUAGAACAAAACAUGAUUUUUAAUGUCAGGACCCACAUACUUUCUCAAAAAAGGCAGCAGUUAAAACACCUGCAAAUGUAUUGUUGCUUAAAGCUUUCUCAGGACCAAUAAGCGGCAAUAAAUUACCUUCAGGAAGAUCUGGAUUUUUUUCUAAAAUUAUAAGAGUUUUAUAGGAGCUUUUUGCUUGAAGUCUCUGUCCUCACUCCAUUGGGUUUUGAGGAAAGCGAGUCACCUUGUGAGAUGGGUGUAUUAAGCAGCCAGAUUUCAAAGUGACGUAGGAGCUUUUAAGCAAUUCUGUUAAUAUUUUGAAGGAUUCUGUGUAUUUAUGACCUUAGAAUUGUCUGGCUUGGUAGACUGCCAAAGCUUUGUAAGGUUUGCUGAGAUGCAUUGAAACGAAAGUCACCUCAGGGAAGAAAGCCUGGUGCGUGGUUUGACGUGGGAACCCGGGGCAUUCAAUGAUAGAAACGGGAAGGGAGGGGAAGCACCCGUGCAGAGCACUGCAGAGGGAAAACGGACCACAGCCAACAACUACGUAUUCCAUAAUGUCUUAAAGAACAAGUAGAGGAAAAGCGACACAAAAAUUGGUCUGUUGUAGGGACUGGCUGAAAAAAAAAGGGAGCAAAUACGAGUAGGAGAUCCAUGUGCUGUUGCUUUGCCUGCAAGUGCCAGCUCCAGGGCCAGCCAGAACACAGCUUCGGCUUCUCAUUUUGUUAGGUGGAGCUUUUGUUGGCUGCAAAGCUUAACUGAAUGUGACUGUGGGGUGAAUUGAUUUUUCUCUUAAUGCUGAAGUUUAAUACUCUUCUUAAAAUGUGUGUCCCUUGCCUAAGCUCUUUUGGUCUGUAUGUGACAUUGACUGCGGGGUUACUUUAAAGUCCAUGUCAAUGGCCUUCAUUCCAAACUGUGAUCGCUGCAGUUCAACACAGUUGAAGUUCAUUUGCAGUUGGCACUGCUGUAAUCCAUUUUAAUUUUUUGUGUUGCCUGCGAGUCCCCCUGCACCCCAUUUACCAAGAAACGCAUAUUUAGAAUUGCAAAGUAACUGCUUUUCAUAACUCAGAAUCUUUCCCGUGCACAGAUAAGUACUAUGGCAACAAGUAGUCCGCUCUGUUAGGCUGAAAGUGUAAAUUGCAGUAUAUUCCUUGUUACAGCUCAUUUUCCAUAGUAUUACAGAGUCUUCCCUGUAAAUUCAGUCGUCCUGCUGUUGUAUGCAGAGGACCGGGCUAAGACACCAACCUGGAAUGAGGAAUCGAUGAGCAAAGCUUGUCAGGUCUUGAUGCUUUUUGCCAAAUUUGAGGCCUGAGGACCAAAGCCUGCAAACCUCACUCGUGCAAGCGGCUCCGUCGGCUUCAGUAGGGCAACGUGCAUGAGUUGGUUUGGCAUAGAGUGUAUUUUAUAUAAUCUGUAUUUAAUGCUGAAGUGAAAAAUAAUGAAUCGUUUAUAUAUUAAGGGUUGUCUAUAAGAAAGAUUUCAUUUAAAAUACUAUAUAAAAGUUAAUUUGGAUUAUAGUUUCUCCAUGUCUAAUAACUUAUCUUAGUUUUGUAAAAUCAGCACUCCUAUAUGAAUACUCUUAAUUUUGAUCACCCUGCUGCUUGAAAAAAAGUAUUUUUAUAUUUACUUGCAUCCCGUGUAUAUCAGAAUGUUAUGUGAAAAGCGGUAUAUAUAAAGUGGGAUAUUUUUAAUCAGUAUUUUCCCAGCGCUCAGUUUUCACGUUAGUCAAAUUCAGAAGUAAUGAUUUUUUUUUUUAAAGCACAAUCUAAUCUUCAGUAUAUGUACUUUAAAAAUGCUCUGUAUUUUUAAACAUGCACUGUAGUGAAAGCGCUUUGGGGACAUGAAUGUGGUAUUGUAUUUAACCUCUUCUGACUUUUGUAAAUACCUUUUAGAAAUAUUUUCCAUACCGAGUCAUCAAGUUGAUCCAUCGAGGUGUUUGCUGUUUUUUAGAACCCGUUCCGGUGACAGUGGUUGCACUGCUUUUGUAUUGCCAUUGGCCAGAGCACCUUGUGCGAACGCGCGGCCACGCAGGUGUUGCCUCCUCACCCGUGGAUAAACCGAGACACCGAAUGUGACAGGCUGCCCGAGUCGGUGGUGAAAUGGGAAUGAACCCCAUGUCCUGAGCUCCUGGCCUUCAGCUCUAACCACUAGAUGGCUUGAUGGAAGGUGGGUCGCACAUCUUCUGCUUCCCCUAUUCCAGUAGGGUGAGGUGGGCACACACCCCGCUGCCCUUCCCUCCAGAGGCUGUGUGCAAGGACCCAUUCCUGUCGAUUGACCAUCCUGCUUGCAGCAGCCUCGUGAAAAUGUCACCCCAUUCAACUGUUAAAGAUGGACUUCAGACUGUCCAGUAUGAAAUGCUGGUGAGGUCUCAAGUGUUUAAAACUUCAUACUUAAGACCUAAUAUUCGAAAUGACUAUAGUAUUUUCAAUGUGUUCACUUUUUUUGCAAGACGAACAUGAGUCGCUGUUUCUUUGGAAGCACACCUUCCCCUGUAGAUACCUGCCCUGUCAUCCUGGGAACAUAAUGCUGUUAACAGUGGUGUUGGAUGUUGGAGUACAACGUGUAAAACCUGGUGUAAAUCAGUGCUGUACUUCAUAGUGCAUCUGCCAAACUGUGGUUUGCUUGUAAAGACUCGUUGCAUCGUUAGUGUGGAAAAUAGACCAGAAUCACCCUUAGCUCUGCAAUGGUGUGGGAGUGUUUCAGUGUGAUUUGCCUCACGUACUGAUCCGUAUUUGGCAGCUAAUGACAUAAAUGACUGUAAUUCUCUUUGUCCGGGUUGGAAAAUAAAAGGUUUCAUUGUAUCCGCAUGUAUUUUAAACUUUUGGGUAAUUCCGUCCAACUGUGAUGGCUGCGCAUUUAAAAACUGAUCUUUCCUUUCCUCGAAUGCUCUUUGCUGUGGUGGCACUCAUUAUCGGCACUGCUGUUAGCGACUCGCAUCUUGUUUUGUACCUGUUUCCAGACUGUAGUGCUUGAGUUUGUACAACUGUGUUUAUGUAAGAAAUAAUUCGGUCUGAAGAAACGCUCCAUGUGUGCUUUUGACGCGUGAUCCGUAGGGAAUGACUGGGUUCUACUGACAAUGUGGUGAAGUAGUUACAUAUCUUGUAGAGGGAUUAGUUAUGGAGCUUCACGUGCAGUUAUUCAUGUGAUGUGAAGUGGCUGUAGACUGAUCCCACACAUUGGCCAUGGAAUAAAAUGGUUAUGGACGCUGCUUCCAGCUGCCAGUGCCAUUCCACCCCUCCGUCAGUCUCCUGGGAGGGGGUUUGAGCCGCCCUGUGCCAAGCCCGGAGGGAAAUGCCUGUGGAGGAGCAGCCCAGAAAUCGGGAAUAAAAU